CGCCUCCCAUCCACUCACUCACUCUCUCCCUCCGGGGUGAAUGCUGCGCACGCGCUGACCGGCGACGACACGAUGCCCCGUUGGCUGUGCGAGCUACACCACGUAGCAGCUUCUCCCCAGGAAUAUCCGUGAACACAAUGGCCGCAUCUCUGCCCGUCGAAUCUUCCAUCUGGUGGUCACUGGUCCUGAUCAUAGCUGCCUGCAGAUUCAUCUCACGAGGCAUUGCCCGCAAUGGGAAAUAUCAAGCCGAUGAUGUCGCUAUCGCCGUGGCCCUGUGCUUUUACACCGCCUUCAUCGUCACCAUCAAUCUUGUCGCGAGGAGCGAUAGCAAUCUCCUUCCCCCCGGUUUCGACGUGUCUUCCUUGACCGAAUCAGAUCGACAAGACCGCAUCUAUGGAAGCAAACUGAUUCUGCUGCUGGAGAAUUGUCAAAAUGCCACCAUCUGGCUGACCAAAGUUGCCAUUCUGGUUCUCUAUCUGCGCUUGACAACUCUCCGCUGGCAGCACAAUGCCAUUCGAGCCCUCCUCGCCGUCGUCGUGCUGUUGUACUUUGUCAUGACCUCUCUGUACCUGGGAGUCUGGUGUCGGCCCUUUUCACAAUACUGGGCCAUUCCACCCAACAGCUCCCAAUGCAACGCUGCAACCAACCACUUAAUCACAAACGCCACCUUUAACCUCGUCACCGAUCUCAUUAUGCUGGGAGUUACUGCUCCGCUCUUCUGGGGUAUGCAUUUGCCAUGGAGGAAAAAGAUUCCUCUGGUCGGAGUCUUUUCCCUCGGCAUCUUCGUCGUCCUGGCCGCCAUUCUGAACAAAGUAUACUCCUUUACACAACCAUUCGGCACCAAGUGGCCCUUUUGGUAUGUUCGGGAGUCGUCUACAGCCCUGUUAGUUGCCGACCUCCCCUUCGUCUGGGGUCUCUGGCGGAGAAUCUGUGGUUUCAAGACCUCUGUCGCCGACUCUGAGAGCAUCACUAGGCGAGCCACCAUCAUCGAUGCCGCCACAGGAGGAGGAAUGGGAGGAAGCGACGAGAGUCGCCGCAAGCACAGCAACACACAUCACAACCCCAUGGAAUUCAUCACCGCAUGGCCCCUUCACAACCACGACGAUUCUGAUGAAAAAGAAGAUGGUGACCUCGAGUGCGAAUUCCGGCGACUGGGAGCUCGACACUUGUCAUUAUCCGAAUUCCUCUGUGAAGAUGGUGGCACAGGCAGGGACAGGGACAGGAGGAGGAGCAGGGGCAGGAGGCAAACCUUUCACACGACUGCUAGAGGAGACGAAGAGAAAUGUGAUCCCAUCAUGAUGAGGCCUCCUCCUCCCCCUCCUUCUCUGGGCGCCGCCGACGCCGUGCUCAUUCAGCAUACCCCGCCCCGCGACCUGGUCCGAAGGAGCGGAUCUGGUUCUCCUCCUCCUCCUUCUCAUGAAAUCAGGUCGCAAAGGUCGUCAUCAUCAUCAUCCUCGUCAUCAACCUCCCCGCCGCAGCCACCGCCAGCACCAUCUUCUCUGCCGUCUUCCAUGGCUGAUAGUUGUCUAUCUGCCAACUCGUUUGUUUGAUGAUGAUGAUGAUGAUGAUGAUGAUGAUGAUUCAGCUGCAGAUGACUCGCGGACACAACCUCGAUCACUGCAUUUUUCCCCCUCUACUUUUGAUAUGCUUAUUACAGAGAUAC